GCAGCAGCAGCAGCAUCCUCCUCCUCUUCCUCCCUUCCUCCCACUCUCCUCUUCUCCUCUUCUCUUCGUGCUGCUCAACCCUAGAGGACAUCGGGACCCCCUUUUUCUAUUUCCCACCCCCCCACACCCCCCACUUUGCCCGGAGACAUGGAUCUAUGGUUUAAUUCGAUCCGGAUUUGCUGGUGGAGGGUUUUGUUUCUCAUGAGUAUUUUCCAGGACUAUCUGAGCUCCAUGCUGGACUGCCCGCCGACCUGCAGCUGCUCUCAAACAGAGAUCUAUUGCAAUAAGUCCGACAACGGCAGGUUUUUCCCUUUGCUCGCCCUGCAAGACACGGGCAGCAACGGGACCAGCGUGGACAUAGCGGACUUAUUCAAAAACAUCACCACUAUACACAUAGAGAACUGGACGGGAUUGCAGACUCUGAGAGACGUGGAUAUGGCGCUCUACACCGGACUGCAGAGACUAACCAUCGUGAAUUGUAACCUGAAGGUGAUCCAGCCUCGUGCGUUUGCUCAGAACCUCCACCUACGCUACAUGUGA